AUGGUUAUUGAAUUUACAUGGCUUAUAAUUUGUAUCUGGAAACUCGAUGUAUCUCAAAGAUCCAGGUUCCUAUUUCAUCUAGAUACAGGGUAGCAUUAUGGAAUUUGGCAGUGACUUCAUCUAUCUUCCAAAAGAUGGCAUCACAGAUGAGUAUGAUAUGGUACCAGAGGAGGAACUUAUGUCCCAUAAACUUACAAGAAAUCCUACCCAUGCUUCAUCAAAUGAUGAUGGAAAGACAUGUCUUCUUGAUAUCUUAGAUACUGCAGGCCAGGAAGAGUAUUCUAACAUGCGUGAUGCCUACAUGAGAUGUGGUGAUGCGUUUGUUAUUGUAUACGAUGUUACCUCCAGAGCAACAUUUGAGGAGGCUCUCUGUAUCUGUCAGUGGAUAAAGCGAAUAAAAGAUUCAGAGAAUAUAAGCGCAGUGUUAUGUGCCAACAAGAUAGAUCUUAAUGAGCAACGUGAUGUUCCAACCAUUGAUGGUAUCCAGAAAGCUAAGGAACACAAUCUUGGUUACCAGGAGGUAUCUGCUAAGACAGGGCAGUCCAUAUCACAACUAUACCAUGAAGUUAUCAAACAAACUGACAGAAAUGGUGCUGAAUAUAAGGUUGUUAUGCUGGGUGCAGGGGGUGUUGGGAAAUCAGCCAUCACAGUGAGGUUUGUUGCUGAUGUCUUUGUGGAUGAGUAUGACCCAACCAUAGAAGACUCAUAUAGGAAACAAAUCGUCAUACCUGAUAUUCCCAAACAUAAAAUGAAAAAGGUCAAGAAAAGAAAGGAUGGUCUUGCCAGAAAGCUUAGUUAUUUACUGGACAAGAAGCAUUCUAAGGUAUCAACAGCUUCAACCACAUCCUGCCCUAUGAUACGAUGUCCCAAGGCAUCAUCAAACUGCAUCCUGUUGAGAUUAGGUUCAAUAGCAGAGCAGGUGAACAUUAUGACUGGAGAUCCAAUGAAUUGUGGGAAGUGUGGUAUUGUGAUGUCACACUUGUCAAGUUUACAAGAACGAAAUGGCAAAGUGUUAUGGCAGUGUGAAUUCUGUGAUUACAACAACAUAGAUAUAGAUAUUGAUGCAAAUGAGAUGCCAACUCAUCCAGAUGUUGAUUACAUCAUAUCAUCACCAGAUGUCACUGCACAGGAAGUAACAGGACAAGGAAUUCUGGUCUACUGUGUUGACGUUAGUGGCUCGAUGUGUAUGAGUACAAAUAUUCCCUCAUUACAAGCUGAAUGGAGUAGCAUUAGAAGCGGCUCUAUUAAGAAGCAGUACAUCUCUAGGCUUCAAUGUGUACAGACAGCAAUAAAGAGGCAACUAGAAAGAUUGAAGAUUGAAAACCCAGAGAAGCGUGUUGCUAUGGUAACAUUUAGUAAUGAUGUCACAGUACUAGGGGAUGCUGACGGUGUACCAAUAACUAUUGCUGGAGACAAACUUGAGGACUUUGACAAACUUAUUGCUGAAGGGUGUGCUCUUGGGAAGACUUUGAAUAUAGAUUGUUUGGCAAGAUCGGACAGCAAUCUCUCAAAGAAGAUUGAUGAGCUAGAGGAGGGAGGACAAACAGCUCUUGGACCUGCUCUUGCUAUCUGUGCCGGUUUAGUGUCUCACUCCCCAUGCUCAGAAAUAGUGUUGUGUACAGAUGGACUGCCAAAUAUUGCACUUGGAGCUUUAGAUGAUCCUCAAAGUGCAGAUGAGGCAUUUUAUUCCAAGAUAGGGAAAUAUGCUAGAGGAAACCAGACAAAGAUUUCCAUCAUAGGAAUAGAGGGUGAGGAGUGCCAGAUAGAAACAAUAGGACAAUGUGUCACAGAAACAUCAGGGACCAUCAACAUUUUGAAUCCGUUAGAGCUGAUUCGACAAUUGAGACUCAUCUCCCAGAAUCCCACAGUGGCAACAGAUGUUAUUUUGAAAUGUUUCCUCCAUCCUGAUAUGCAGUUUGAAAGGGAGGACACCAACAUUGUUGAGAGAGCCAUCGGAAAUGUUACCAAAGACAUGGAUGUAACGUUUAGUUUCAAGUCCAGUGAGCAUACUGACAGAAAGAGAAAAAACAUACCUUUCCAAGCACAGAUAGUUUACACAAGACCAGAUGGUAUGAAAUGUAUGAGGGUAAUUACAAAGAAGAAAAAUACAACAGAAGAAAGAUUUAAAAUGGAACAGACUGUCAAUGUUGCUGUAACGGGGCUUGCUUGUGUACAAAGAUCAGCUGAUAUAGCACAAAAGGGAGAAUAUAGUGAGGCCAUGAACCAUAUUUUGUCAGUAGAAAGGCUGGUUUCAAGAGGGGCCCAUCUCAAUAGCCAGAUGGAGGAACAAUAUAAUUUUAAAACAGAGAGUGAGGACUUGAGACAAACCCUCUUUGAAUGUGAACAAAAGAAGAGCAAUAAAACAUCAGACAAUGUGUCCAAACUUUUCCACACUAAGAAGUCCUGUUACCUUGGACAGUUUCUAAGUGGAGCUGCUAAGAAAGACCUUGCGAUUAAACGCAAAACUGAUGAUUCUCUGAGGAGACAAUAUUAUGACUACAGAUAUUAACCCAACAUGGGAGCAGAGAAUAUAUUUUAUAGAAGAGGUCAGUUAAUCUCAAGACUGAAUUGAAUUUGAAUUAUUGCUAGAGAAAGCU